GCAGUAACAGUCUUAACGGUACUGAAAACUCAAAUGGUUUUGGUUCUAACUCCUUCUUCUUCUUCUUCCUCUAUUUGUCUUCUCCGUCGCAGUCCCCCAAGGUACGGCGCCGUUCGAUGCUCCUCCAGCGUGCAGGAGAUACAGAAGCCUCCCGGAGAAGGGCUCAGCUCGGAUCUCCGGGCAUCGGAGCCGUUGCCUCCGUUAAAGGUAGCGAAGAGGGUUGUUCUGGUGAGGCACGGGCAGAGCACGUGGAAUGCAGAGGGGAGGAUCCAAGGGAGCUCUAACUUCUCUGUGCUCACCAAAAAGGGCGAGUCUCAGGCCGAGACUUCCCGCCAGAUGCUCAUUGAUGACAACUUCGACGCUUGCUUUGCAAGUCCUUUGGAACGGUCCAAGAGAACAGCGGAGAUCAUUUGGGGAGGACGUAAAGAAUCAAUAAUUCCAGAGUAUGAAUUGAGGGAGAUUGACUUGUACUCAUUUCAAGGUCUGUUGAAGAAUGAGGGGAAAGAGAGAUAUGGUUCUGCUUAUCGUCAAUGGCAGCUGGAUGCUGCGAAUUUCAUCAUCGAUGGUCAUUAUCCGGUGAGAGAGCUAUGGGAACGUGCUAGGAACUGCUGGACUAAAAUCUUAGCACAUGAUAGCAGGUCUGUUCUUGUGGUUGCUCACAAUGCCGUUAAUCAGGCUCUUGUUGCUACAGCAAUUGGUUUAGGGGUGGAGUAUUUUAGAUGUUUACUUCAGAGCAAUUGUGGUGUAAGUGUGCUGGAUUUCAUUCCCAGGCCUGAGGGCGGAUCUCCGGACAUUUGCCUCGAUCGCUUAAAUCAGACCCCUGGUUCACCAGUGGCUGGUGGAAAAUCUGGAGGCAGAGAUACAAAUAAGCGGAUCAUACUCGUUUGUAAUGGAUCUACGCAGGGAAAUACGGAGAAUAGUUUUCCUUUUGCUGGUGAUCAUCCAAUGAACAUGCUUGGUGUUAUACAGUCCCAGAAAUCUGCAGAGCUACUUCUUGAUUUGAAAGUGAGUUCCAUAAUUAGCAGUCCUAACAAGGCUUGUUUUGAGACUGCCAUGACCAUCUCCAAGGUACAAGAAGCUGCAGAUUGCUUGGGUGCUGACUGUGUGCCACGCUAUGUUGAGUUGAAGCAAAUCGGUAGCCUAGAUGUUGAAACAAUCUUUCAGCAAUCCAAAAUGGAUCUAUCCAACUUCCCCCCAAUUCAGCCUGGAUGGUUAAAUAGGAUUGAUGAUGGGUUGAGAACAACAUUAUGGGAUCAAUCUGGAAAGGCAUGGCAAUCCUUGUUGGAUGAAAUAUCCAAUGAAUCGAGCGAAGGAGUCUUGGUCGCGGUUGCUCAUCCAGCAAUCCACAUAGCACUAAUGGGGCACUGCCUUAACUUGACCAAGGAAUGGUUAGGGUCAUUUCAUCUUGACGAAGGGAGUGUUAGUGUCCUUGACUUCCCUGAUGGCCCUAAAGGAAGAGGUGUCAUACGGUGCAUAAAUUAUACUGCACAUUUGGGGAGAUGGUCCAUCCCUAUUACAAGAUCAACAGAGGAUGGUGAAGAGUUUUAACUGUAUAAUAUUGCAAAUGCAUCAUUCCAUUUAUCAAGCUGAAGUGACCCCAUGUCCCCAGCAUCCAAAUUUUCAAGCAUUAAAGAUGGUUAAAUAUUCAAAAUAAUGUAAAGACUCUUCAUCAUCUCUGAACAGGAAAUAAUAUUUAAGCCCUUGGAUGAUUUUGUAUGUAAUUAAAGAAGUAGAUAUAUGAGAUAUGUGAUUGAUAAAAUAAAAAAUAUUUAAUAA